CGGAGGGAAGGCACACGGAGUCUGCGCAACGUUGCUACACCCGACUGUACGAAGUUUCUGGAUAUCCGUCCGCAGCACAAGGAACACGAAAAGCUGCGUAUUGAAGGAGUAUUCCACUGCAGGUCUGUGUCAGUUUGAUGGGGGAGGAUGACAACCUCUACAUCACCGCCAGUUUUUAUCGACAAGGAUGGCGUGGCCAUACGCUUCAAAAAGAGGAAAGCUCGCUUCACCUUCAGUGAGGUGCACAUCCUCCUGGAUGAGGUCCGCAAGAACCGCCACCUUGUUGUCGGCAAGUUCAACUACGGUGUGCCGUCAUCCGUGAAGAAGCGCACCUGGGCGGAGAUCACCGCUCGCAUCAACGAGAUCGGCGAGUGCGAGCGCGAGGUCACGGAGGUCAUCAAGAAGUGGUCGGACAUGAAGUGCGACACCAAGCGCAAAGUGGCGGGCGUCCGCUCCAGGGUCACGAGCUUGCCGAACAGCAGCGUCGUCCGCCAGUUCACGCCCACGGAGGACAUCAUCCGCAACAUCUUGGAGCUGGACAAGAAGCAGGACGGACAACGGCCCAGCAGCCGCAGAAACGGCAACAGAAACGGCAACAGAAACGGCACCAGCGCGGCAGUUGGGUUGGCCGACGAAGAGGACGGGGCAGGGGAGGAUGACGACGGUGACGACAUGGACAUGGAUGUAGCGGCGAUGGGCUCCCUGCACAGCUCGCCUGAGGCAGGCGAAGGGGACAGAGGAAUGGGCACGGGCGCCCUGGACUCACCCUCCACCAUGCCACCCCCGUUUGGAACAUCUGCAUCCACAUCUGUGCCUUCCACUUCCUCCAUGACCACGCCGCCGCCACCACUGCCAGGUUCCAAAGACGAGAACACUGAAGGCAAUAAUUUCUCUUUCAGCUCUGGAGAUACGUCAUUUGAAAUGAAUUUUGAGAUGCCUUUUACAGAAGACAGUACCCAGCUGGCGGACUUGGAUGAUGACCAGGCCAACACCUCACGACUGUCCACUUCAACCCCCACCCCCACUGCUAGCGCCAGCAAUGCUAGCAGCAGCGUUGGGGCCGUGCAGCGCUCCGAGGCGUCCCUUUUCCCCCCUCCCUCUUCCUCUUCGACGGUUCCUCUUCCUCCUCCUCCUCCUCAACCUCCAGCGUCCGCGGCCUCCCCCAGCGUCCGACCCGCUGACCGGGCAGCGGUGGCGGGCAGCGGCGGCGUCGUCGUGGACGUGGGCCGCGCGGCGGCGAUGAGCGUGGAGGAGCAGCACAUGAGCAACGCGCUGCUGGAGACGGUGUCGCGCUCGCUGGAGCUGCUGGCCGAGUCGGUGCAGCAGCUGGCCGAGACGCAGCAGGAGUUCGUGCGCGAGUCGCUGCGGCUGCAGCGCGACACCGUGCAGGUGCUGCGCGACUUCGCCAGCGGCGCCAUGGCCAUCAUGCACGACAAGCUCAACGGCCGGCCCGCGCUGUAGCCACGGCAACCCGACUCUGUGCCAGACUGAUGGUUUCCUGAACAAAAAAAGGCGCUCACCUUCCGGACAGAAGGUGUCCCAACACUAAAGAAUCGGCGACCCCUCCCAACAGGUUUUAUGGAUGUUGACGGAACUCGUACACAACAGACUGAAUGAAGGAAACUGCGAUCACCCCUUCCCACCCUGGAGACAUGUUGCAUGUUUGCUAGGGUGGCUCGAAUUGUUCAUGAAUUGUGACUGAAGCUGCCUUGAGUGUAGACGACCGACAGGUAUAUAAUCAGCAAGGAGACAGGAGCCCAGUGGACCUGCACUGGACGGCGAACAUGAACCAGCUCAGUGGACUGCUAGCACCGUUACUGCCUGAGCAGCGCGUUCCAGUGACUGCUGGACCGGGAGUGACCGCUUCACCCCACAAUAGUGCCACUGCCUGGUCUGGUGCCAUGGGGUGCUGCCACUGGUAGCUGUGAGCUAUGCUCUAGCUACGACACCGGUGGGCAUCGGUGACUGACUGUGAUGCAGGACCUAAUGGCACCAAGCCUGGUUCUGCCACACCACGGCUUCACCAGUGUUCAGGUGGUCUGGGAACCCUUGUUUGUAGUUUUCUACCUCGUAGUGAAGUCGAUGGCUGAUCAUACAGACUGGGCUGGGGAAUCUGUCUUCAGUAACUACCAUAAACAGUUGGGAGAAAAUGCAACAUGUUUUUCACACAAGCACCUUUCAGCUCGGCGUCUAAGGGUGUUAUCCCUGUGGUACGACUGAUUUUUCUUUGAUCAAGAUUCAGUUGAAUUCUUUGAUCUGUUGCUGUUAUGUGAUGUGGUAUAGUUUUUUUUUUUACUGUUUUACUGUCUGUACUCCUUUUUUUUUUUUUUUGAACUGAUUUUAUAACUUUAGAACAUUUUGUUUUUCAGUUAGUUUGUUUCUGUAAUCAAAUCCUCAUCAAGGCCAACUAUUUCCUGCUGUAUUAUAAACAGCACUCCCAUGAUUAAUCCAAUGGACGUGAUAGGAAGGCUGUUUUAAACUGAGGGCCUCCAGACUUUAAUUCUCAAAACUAAGUUCACAAGAAUUGUGUGUUUUGAAGACAGAAUUCUCAAGGUAUAAGCUGUCAGCAUCUGGCUGUAUAGCCACAGCAAGUCUCUGUAAACAGGCAUGGGGAGGCCAGCCUUGGUGGUUUUCUCUCAUUAAAAGCCACUAGAGCUUCAGUGAAUGUUAAAGGCAGGUUCAGUUGGCUUUGGGGCCCAGUGUUAAGAGUAGCGGGCUGUAACUUCCUGUAUGACCAACUUCAAGACCCUCAUGUUUGUCAUUGUCUUGUAAUGGCGAAAGUGGCCUCUCAACUUGUGAAAGUGAAAGAGAUUUUAUUGUAUGGUUUGUGUGGUCUUUUUACUGACUCAUUCUCAUGUCAUUCUCACAUGGUGUAGGAUCAGUGUCAGAAAUGGAACAUAAAGAACCAAAAACAUCUUCA